UCCCUUCAACUGAAUUUUCAACUUUAUAUGAUUAUGUCAAAGAGCCGAGACUGACUGACUCUACUGCUCUCUCUCUCUCUCUCUCUCUGGGAUUACUGGCAAUACGGGAGCGCUUGAAAUGUACGAACUGCAGCAACAUCACUGAGCGAUUCCAGAACUCAUAGGCGGGCUUCAUUUUCCAAUUGUAGCAUAGUUGGUUCGAGAGUUGGUGGCGCUUUACCAAGGCUUUUUUAGUUGAAUCUUCAAUAUGGAAGUGUUCAAGAGGGCCAUACUACAGCCUGGGCCACCUGAAAGUUUUGCACUACAGACAGUUCAGGAAGUAGUAAAACCUCAGAAACAAACAAAAUUAGCCCAAGAUGAGAAUCAAUUGUUAGAAAAUAUUCUUCGGACAUUGCUUCAGGAACUGGUGUCAUCUGCACUACAGUCAGGGGAGCAAAUAAUGAUGUAUGGGCAAUCAAUUGAUGAUGGGGAAACCACCCAGGGUCAUAUUCCUCGUCUUCUUGACAUUGUGCUGUAUCUUUGUGAGAGAGAACAUGUUGAAGGUGGCAUGAUAUUUCAACUGUUGGAAGACUUGACAGAAAUGUCUACAAUGAGAAACUGCAAAGAUAUUUUUGGUUAUAUAGAGAGUAAACAAGAUAUUUUAGGGAAGCAAGAGCUUUUCGCUCGUGGGAAACUUGUGAUGUUGAGAACAUGCAAUCAACUUCUUCGUCGUCUAUCAAAGGCGAAUGAUGUGGUGUUUUGUGGAAGAAUUCUCAUGUUUUUGGCACAUUUUUUUCCAUUGUCUGAACGCUCAGCUGUGAAUAUAAAAGGAGUUUUCAACACAUCAAAUGAAACAAAAUAUGAGAAAGACCCUCCUGAUGGCCUUUCUAUUGAUUUCAACUUUUAUAAGACUUUUUGGAGUUUACAGGAAUACUUUUGCAACCCUGCUUCUCUAACUCCUACUACUGCUAAAUGGCAGAAAUUUACAUCCAGCUUAACGAUUGUCUUGAAUACCUUUGAAGCUCAACCAUUAAGUGAUGAAGAAGGGGACGCUAAUAACUUGGAGGAAGAGGCAUCAAAUUUCAGCAUAAAAUAUCUUACAAGCAGUAAACUGAUGGGUUUAGAGUUGAAGGAUCCAAGUUUUCGCCGCCAUGUUCUUGUGCAGUGCCUCAUAUUGUUUGAUUAUCUGAGGGCCCCUGGGAAGAACGAGAAAGAUUUGCCAUCUGAAAGCAUGAAAGAAGAAAUAAAAUCAUGCGAGGAGCGUGUGAAAAAGCUGCUUGAAAUGACUCCACCUAAAGGGAAGGAUUUUCUUCACAAAAUUGAGCACAUAUUAGAACGUGAGAAGAAUUGGGUGUGGUGGAAACGCGAUGGUUGCCCAGCAUUUGAAAAGCAACCAUUAGAGAAGAAAACAGUACAAGAUGUAACUAAAAAACGUAGACCAAGGUGGAGACUGGGAAAUAAAGAACUCUCUCAGUUGUGGAAGUGGUCGGAUCAGAAUCCGAAUGCUUUGACCGAUCCUCAACGUGUCAGAACUCCUGCCAUCAUGGAAUACUGGAAACCUUUGGCUGAAGAUAUGGACGUAUCAGCUGGAAUAGAACCUGAAUAUCACCGCAAAAAUAGUCGGGUUUAUUGUUGGAAGGGUCUUCGAUUUUCUGCACGUCAGGACUUGGAUGGAUUUUCUAGAUUCACCGAUCAUGGUAUAGAAGGGGUUGUGCCUCUAGAACUUUUGCCACCUGAUGUUAGGUCCAAAUACCAAGCAAAACCAAAUGACAAGUCUAAGCGUGCUAAAAAGGAAGAAAUGAAGGGUGCUGCACCACAACUUGAGGAAAAUCAGAUUGCUACACCUGCAAGUGAAGUUGAUGGUGAAGGAAUCAGAGCUGAUUUUGAAUCCUCAGCAGUACAAAUGGAUGCUGAUGCCACGGGAACUGGCAAUAUAUCCCAAGGUGGCACUCCAACACCAGACGAACAUCAGAAGCAAAGCUCCGACACUGAUGUUACUCAAGAGGCAGGUCAGUUAGAAGCUGAUGCUGAGGUUGAGGCAGGGAUGAUAGAUGGAGAGACUGAUGCAGAAGUUGAUUUAGAUGCUGUUGGCUGAUAUGCUAGACAACUGUAAAAUCUCCAAGUUAAAAGCUAGUGAGCAUUGUAUUUUUCCUACGCUGCCAAAAUGGAAAUUUUGACAGGGUUUGUAACUACCACAUUUUAGGGCACAUUGAGUAAUCUAUGCCCCCAACAUUGUUUUGCAACUAAUGCAAGAAUUCCCAGCCCGUAGGAGAUGAUUUCAGUACCAA